AUGAACCACACAAAUCCACCAUCCUUGCGGCGCGAUGCAUUCCUCUGGGCAUGGCUCUGUGUAAACUCGCGCUGUGUCUAUUUGGAUCUGCACUAUACCCACCACGCGGACAAUUUUACCAUGGCGCCAUUGCUCGAUAUGGCGAAUCAUACGCCGAUUGCAGCGCGCGAAUGCAAGGUACGGUACAAUGCACGCGAUGGGCUGGAGCUGUAUGCACCAAGCGACGGCGUAGCGGCCGGUGCGGAAGUGUGUAUUACCUAUGGCGCACACGCCAAUGCACUCUUGCUUGCCGAAUACGGGUUUGUGCUCCCUUUUGGUGUGCAUUCCGACGGCGCAUGGAAGGGCAACCAGUACGCAGAGAUCCUUGUCGACAGCCAGGUCGACGCGCUGCUGGAUGCACAGGGCGAAAUGGGCGAAUGGAAGCGAGCUUUGCUAAGAGAAGAGGGAUACUGGGGUGAUUAUACGAUGCACCCUGCACCUGCACCUGCACAUCCCUCGCACCGACUCCAUGUGGCCUUGCAGCUCGUGUGCCUCGAAGUGCAGUCGCACACAGAGCAGAACACGGCAGGGGCGCGGUCCAAGGAGGAUGCCGCGCGGCAAUGGCGCCUCACCAUACAAGGGAUGCGCGAAUCCAUCUCGCGUGCAAACGAAAACGCGGUCCGGUCCACGCUCCAGCAGCUGUGUGCUGCAGCACAGCAAGAGGCUGCCACGAAACAAGCAUUGCUUGCGCCGCUGCCGCCCAGCACAUCCAAAUCGUUUGUGAUGCAACUGCUUGCAGAGCAAGAUUGCAUUGCAAAGCUUGUAUGCGAGCAGGCCAUGCAGUGA